AUGCACAUAUUUUUGCUUUGCAUUAAUGAUGCUGCUAUCAGAUGCAGCAAACCACUAACUUUGGCCAGUUUUUCGCGCCCGUUAAAACAGUUCCAUUCAUUACAGCUGGGCAGUGAUAAAACAACGGUGAGCGCCCUUAAGGAGUGCGCCGUAGCUACGGAAGAACUGCAAACGUUUUGCAGUAUUUUGGAGACUGAUAUUAAAGCGUUUGACGAAAGCACUGCCUCAAUCAGCAACCAGGUCGAACAGCUCGAGGAACUUUUUCGAAAAUUCGACCAUCUUUUCCAAUUUAUUAGACAGGUAUGCCGCUGCACUUUCUUCUAA